UCCCUUUCCCUUCUAGGAAGGUAAGAAUGGCAGAGUGGCGGCGCUUAUUGCUGGGGAGCAGUAACUACUAUCUGCCGCCAUCUGCCCUGGGGAGGCUCUGGAGGGCCCGCGGGUCCGGCUCGGUGGCUCCGGGGAGGCCGGAUGCAUGCGGGGGCGCACGUAUGUGCGGAGUUCGCGGGCCCCGGUGACUCCGGGGGGUGUAGGCCGCGGUUGGCCCGCUAUGGUGACUGUGUGGCUGGGGAUCCGGCAGCCGCCGCAAUGGGUUGAAUAGCGCCUCGGGUGGGGGGUGAUCCUAGGAGCCCCUUUCCCCGGGCGCCGACCAGACUCGGCCGGAGCAGAGGUUGGGAGUCUGUAAAGUGCAGCCCCAGCCCGGCUUGAACCCUUUGGUCCGAAACGUAUGAGGACGCUCCAGCCGGAGGCAGAUCGUAUGGGUGGUGGGCACAGAGAGGACGGGGAUUCUUCUUUCGCCUCCAGUCUCUUCUCCUUGCGAUGGCAGGCGAGAAGAAGGCAGGUGAGAAGAAGGCAAAGAAGCCUAGAAAGCACCAUGCAAGCCGUAACCCAGUGCUGGCCCGAGGAAUUGGGAAAUAUUCCCGAUCAGCAAUGUAUGCCAGAAAAGCCAUGUACAAGCGCAAGUAUGAUGCGCCAGAAACAAAGAUAGAAAAGAAAAAAAGAGAGAAAGCACCUGCUACCCUCACAAAACCAGUUGGGGGAGAUAAGAAUGGAGGCAACCGUGUGGUAAAAGUUCGUAAAAUGCCUAGAUAUUAUCCAACUGAAGAUGUUCCUCGCAAGCUCUUGAGUCAUGGCAAAAAGCCCUUCUGCCAACACAAGAGGAAACUGCGGGCUUCUAUUACUCCAGGAACUGUUCUGAUCAUUCUCACUGGUCGCCACAGAGGCAAGCGUGUGGUCUUCCUGAAGCAGCUUGCUAGUGGUCUGUUGCUGGUAACAGGACCCUUGGCUAUCAAUCGUGUCCCUCUGCGCAGAACUCACCAGAAAUUCGUUAUUGCCACGUCUACCAAGGUUGAUAUCUCUGGGGUGAAACUUCCAAAACAUCUCACUGAUGCGUACUUUAAGAAGAAGAGGCUGCGUAAGCCCAAACAUCAAGAAGGCGAGAUCUUUGACACUGAGAAAGAAAAAUAUGAGAUAACAGAACAACGCAAGGCAGACCAGAAGACAGUGGACUCUCAAAUCCUGCCAAUAAUCAAGAAGGUGCCUCAGCUCCGUGGCUACCUGCGUUCUGUAUUUUCUCUCUCCAAUGGAGUUUAUCCUCACAAAUUGGUGUUCUAAAUUUUCUGAAAACACAUUAAAAUUGGGAAAAAACUGA